AUGGAAACACCUCAAUUGCUUGACAUUUCGGCUGAAAUCACAACAUUUUUCGGAAUUUUUUUUGCGAUUUUUUCGAGUCUUAUGAACAUUUUUAAUUUGAAGAAAAUAGAAAAGAAAAAGAAAAAUGAUAUGGUUUUAUUUUACUCACGUUUUAUUUUCGAUGCAUUUUAUGGCAUCACAGUUACAAUUUUCCUUUCUCUAAUGAUUGCGGCCAAUUUCAAUAAUUUGGAAACAAUUAAUCACUUUACAUUACUCUCUGGAUUGUUGGUCUGGAAUGUUGGAAUAUCACAAGCCGUGGUGGCACUCAUGAUAUCAAUUGAAAGAAACAUGGCAAUUUUCACCCCCAUCUUCUACCGUAAUCAUCGUUCACUUGUUACUAAUUCAGUGAUUCUGUGUCUAAUAUUUGGCUAUGCUAUUUUCCAAUACUCAUUUAUAUAUUAUUUCUGCAAUUUUGAAUUAACUUUUCCAAGAAAUUGUCUGACAAUUGGUUGUUCCAUAAACGCAUGUUCCAGUCGGUUUUGGACAAAGUCGAAAUUGGUUAUUUUUGUCCUCACUUUCUCGUUCGCUGCUCUUUUAUCAUCGAAGUUGCUCUGGAAGGUGUUCAAAAAAGAUAACAAGGAUUUUAAUAAAGCCAAUCUUCUAGCGCUAAUUGAUGCCGCAAUCAUAUUUCUGUUUGAUUUCUUAUCAAUCGUAUUUUUCAACUUUACUGAUCGUGUGGAGACAUUCAGUAUUCAUAACAUUGGACCAUUUGCAACAUCUCUGAAACAAGUUGGGUGUACAAUAGAAGCUUUAUUGGUAUAUCGAACAAUUACGAAGAAAAAUUACAUUGUAAAAAUAUUCAAAAAAUGCAACGUCAUCACUAACAAGCAGCCGACAUCUUAGAGGCAACACCGCACUCGAUUGAGUGGAGGGAUGCGGCAUGAUGGGUCAAUGUUUUUCAUUGCACCGUAUUCGUCAUCACUAACAAGCAGCCGACGUGUUAGGUGAGAUCGCUCUAUAAACAAUGCCCCAUGAGUUGUCGCUUGCAAGAAGCUCUAUUUGUGACGUCAUACAUGUUUCGGGCAUCAUCAUGUGCUAUUCUAAUUACAGCGAAUUAUUAAUGGCCACAAAUCAGUUUUCGAGAAAUUUUUUUGAUGCAUUUUUUGGAGCAACUAUCCUCUUUUUCUUUGCAUCAUCAAUUGCAUCUAAUUUCAGUGCCGAGGAAAUAGUUAUCAAA